AUGGUUAAUGAUUAUAAAGUCGUCAUGGAAAAUCUUAAUCCACAAAGGGGUUUAUUACCUGUAAAGAAACUCAGAAGCUCCCUUCUUGCAAAUAGCAAAUUACACAGAACUUUAUACGGAUUCAUUGUCUUUCAAGUUGAGUGGAAAGAUGUUCGUGGUAUCAAUUACUUAAAUGCACUUCAGACUGAUACAUCUCUUGCUAUAGAGGCUAAAUACAUGAAAAGAUGGGAAUUCGAUAGCAUAGCUCAAUCAGUUAAAUGCAUAAAUUCAUGGUUUCCAGGAACACCUAAUGAACAAUCAAUCUUGGAAGAGCAUCUCAACUCUAUGCUAGAUCAAGAAAAUCAGGUUAACUGA